CAAUCAAUCCAGCUGCCUACGCUAUGCUAGCUGCUUCAUUUGAAUCAACCAACUUCAGUCAAUAUUUAAAUCAAUGGAGUGAAGAUCAAAAAGAACUUUUAAAUUCAUUAUCAAAUUAUAUACAAACAAAUCUACCAACAGAUUGUAGCGGUAGCCAUAGUAACAAUAAUAACAGUACUAAUAAUCUUAAAUCAGAAUAUCUAAAAAUCAAUGAUAAUAAUGAAGAUUGUAUAAAUCCGCUUUAUCCAUUGAGAAGUCCAUCAGGUCCGUCAGUUCAUCAACACCAUUCCAUAAUGUCUUCGACAUUAUCCUCACCGUCAUCAUCGUCAACUUCAUCACCGCAUACAACAACUCAUUUAUUUCAUAGUGAACAACACCAACACCAACAGCAACACUCUUCACCUCAGAUGUUAAUUUAAACAUGCAUAAAACAUCUAUUAUUCCAUUGAUCAAUUGAAUAUAUAUAUUGAAUAUAUAAACAGUUGCAUUUAAACAAAGCGAUUUAUUGAUUUAUUGAUUUAUUCAAUCCUUCAUGCUUUUAGGUCUUUUUUAUUUAGAACUUUCUUGAAUUUAAUGAUGAUAGCAUUGAAGAAAAAUAUAAAGGUAACUCUGUUUCCAACAUGUUCAAUUGCUUCAUGAAUUAGGGUCGACAAUACCUUUUACGGUACUCAAACACGAAUUAUA